AUGUAUACUGGCACCGCUCAAGCAAAUUCUAAUAUGCCUUCCUCUCUCUCAAAAUAUAACUCCAUACACACCAAUGCUCCAAAUUUACCUUGCCCUUGGCCAGCUUGCACCUUCGGCGCUGUAGCAAUCGAAGAAAUAUGCAAUCACUUUGUCUGUUCUCACUGCGAUAAUAAUGUUCCUCGUCACGACUCAUCAAACUUUGUUGAUGAUGAAUAUUUGGAGAAUCAAGAAACCGUAAAAACGAAUAUUGACGUCGACGACCCUUCUCUGCUUUUUGGCAUUUCAAACCACGAGAUCGAACUUUUGAAAGAGGAAUUAAACGAGAAAGUUUAUAAAGUAAGACUAAAUGAGGAUGAGCAACAGAAACAUCUUGAAAUGAAUGGGUCGAAAAAUUUUGCGGAGACGGAUAUUGUAAAGAAAAUAGAAUAUUUGCUAGCAGAGAAUAAUUACCUUCGUCGAACGGUCGUGAAAUAUAAAGAAGAAAAUAUAGUGCUCAAAGAGAAAACAAACUCUUUGGAUUUACAAUAA